AAGACCGCGCAGCGACCGUCACCCUCCCAUCGUCGUCCCCGUCGUCGCCCCCGCCGAGCUCGCAUCCCCGCUCAUCGUCGCCCGCAGCGUCCAAGAGCCUCCAUCGCCCGACCUCCUGUCCCAAGCUCCUCCCGUGCCCCUCCCCACAAGCCUCCCCACCGCCGUGUGCGGCCGCUGAAAGACACUGAAUCCACCUUCACCAUGCCAGAAGCUGACAACACCCGCAAGCGCUCCCGUUCGCCCUCCGAUGCCCUCAACGACCAGCAGAAGCAGUACAAGCGUGCCAACACAGGCGCUCCCUCAUCCUUCGAUGACUCACACCUCGUCCAUGGCUCUGCCCGCGCCGCCGCCCUCUCGACUGACGUCGACAUGAAGCACGUCCCCGCCGACACCACGGCGUCCACGCCCUCGCCCACCCAGCCAUCCGACAAGGCCACCUCCGACAUGGCCUCUGGAGAUGCCAAGCGCGAGGACAGCAGCUCCGCAACCACAUCUGCGGCCCCCAGCAACUCGUCUGCGCCGAACGCGCCACCUGCUGCCAACAUCCACAUGCGCUGCCUGAUCGUUACCCAGGACGCCUCCAUCAUCAUUGGCAAGGCCGGCACGCACGUGAACGAGAUCCGGGAUAAGAGCGGGGCAAGGGUCAUGGUCUCGGAGAGCAUCCCAGGCAACCCAGAGCGCAUUCUGAACGUCAGUGGCCCGCUGGAUGCAGUGUCCAAGGCGUUCGGAUUAAUCGUCCGGAGAAUCAACGACGAGCCAUUUGACAAGGCCUCUGUCCCCGGCAGCCGGGCGGUCACUAUCAAGUUCAUGAUCCCCAACUCACGUAUGGGUUCGGUUAUUGGCAAGGGCGGAACGAAGAUCAAGGAGAUCCAGGAUGCAAGUGGGCCCCGGGUACUCAGCGUGUCAGGCGUCGCCGACGCCAUCCACAUCGCGACCUACUACAUCGGCAACAUCCUCAUUGAAGCGAACGAGCGCAUGCCGUCCUACAACAACUCGUCUUACAGGCCGUCGAGCUACUCGCGGCGGCCCCCGUCGUAUCAGGGCUCGUCAUACGUGCCGGGCUACUCGAACCCGUACGCGGGCGGCUCGCACAGCGCCGCCCCGCAGCAGCUCCAGACCCAGCAGAUCUACAUUCCCAACGACCUUGUCGGGUGUAUCAUCGGCAAGGGCGGCGCGAAGAUCAACGAAAUCAGGCAUAUGAGCGCGAGCCAGAUCAAGAUUAUGGAACCUGGCGCGGUGGGCGUUGGCAUGAACGGCGCGCCGGCGCCCGCUGGCGGAGAGGGCGAGCGGUUGGUUGUCAUUACUGGCCAGCCGACUAACAUUCAGAUGGCGGUGCAAUUGCUAUACCAC